UAACAAAAGUCGUCAGGCAAAAGAACAAAUCAAAACCUGCUUGAUCCCUACUGUUCACUAAGUUGGGGCCAAUCAAUCAGUCUAAAGGCUUUGGCAUUUUGUCCUUGUAGAGAACGGACAGUUGAAUCGCUUAGCUGCCUACUAUCAUUCAAUUGUUGUGCCAACAUUGAUCGAGCGAUAGUCGACGGACCGUACCUAUUACUGAAGGCAUUCCUGAGCGCCAUGUUCCGUACAACUUCCCUAUGUUCUUUGCUCAUUGGCGGCCUGGCGGUCUUCGCAUUGGCCCAAGACAGUGAGGUCAAUAAGGCCGACAACGUGGUCCCCUUGGAUGAUUGGAACGUGGAGCCAGUGGAGGCAGUGAUGAAAGCAAGAGCUGAGGCCAAGGAAAGAGGCAGGACUGCCGAAGAAGUGAGAGUCGAGGUUGACUACUUGAUGCAACUCUACGCCAAACACGUCAGGGACGACAACUGUGGUGCAGUCAUCAACUUGUAUCAUCCAGAAAUCACGUUGAUGAGCUACAGUGGUGAGGUCAUGAAAGGACUAGAAGCUGUCCAUUUCACACUGAGCGGUGUCGAGAGCAUGAACGUGACUACGCUGGCUGUAACACCCUUAGGUGAGGACGCCAAUUUCGUCUUCCACCACUCACACACCGCAGCUAGUGACGGCAAAGGAAACCCUCUGUACAAUGGAGAGAGUUUUACUAUUUGGAAAAGGACCAAAGAUGGUCAUAAAAUCUUCAUGGAGAUCUACGACGAGUCUGCUCUGACCAUGUAGGACCGACUUCAAAACAGGAAAAGCUGUAGUUACUUAGUAACUUAAGCUAAUGCUAUAAUUGUUAGCACCAAGAUGUGUUCGAAAUGGUAUGCAUUACAAUUAAAUGACAAUUAAUUAAAACAACAAUCUCAAGGUAAAUUCUCUUGAGAGAUUAUCACACAAAAGAUACCUGAAAGCAGCACGACUUUAUGUGUAAACAAAAACAGUUUUGGGAUUCUUAAUGAAUCAAUUGGAAAUGGUAUGAAUGCAUGACAUGCAAAAAUAGACCAUUAAUUGCGUGAAAGGUAAUUGCAGUGCAAAAGUUGAUGUGGGUAGAAAUGGCCAUACAAUGCUUGCAAGCAGCUUGGAACUCGGAAGAGCGGGAUUGGGAGGGGGGGGGCUAUCAAAAUACAGCUGAUGCUUGCGUGCUUUUAUAGCCUACAACUGUAUGAAAAUGAUACUUUUGUCCUUUUGUACAGUUCAUUGUCCUUUUCGCCGAUAGAAUGAAAAUGUGCUGCUUAGACAGAACCCUCCGAUGCACCGACGUGAUUUUUUUUUUAUCAUGGACCCAAGUCCGUCAGUCUGUGAAGGCCUCUUUAAAUCAUGCCCCCAGCCCCAAAGACCCUUUAAUGGCAUUUAAAUUGAUUUGAGGGUGUCCCUGGGAGUCUGCCAAUGCUUACCAAUUAAAAAAAAAGAAAAAAAGGUCAGAAUAAGGUCACAGUACCUUUUUAUCCGGUAAAGGGGGGGACCAAGUCAACAAUAAUGUGACACCCCCCAACAUGAAACAACCCAGACAGCUGUCUAGACAGCUAAGAGACACAUCAGAGAGACCGACAAUUGAUAUGUGGCAGACUCUGGCUGGCCAGGGCAGCCUUGAUGUAAAAGAUCCCAUAGGGCCACGUGGCAGAGAGAUUAGUCUGUAUUCCUAUGGGAUUAGCAAGAGGCUGGCUCUGGCUGGCUCUGGUGAAACUGAUACCAGCCAAGGGGAAGUCCCUACCUCCAAGGCGACUAAACUGGGUUAUUCAGCAUCGAGAAAGGAAGGAUUAGAUGUGAGGUCUUCGCAUUUAGCCGUAAAAAUAAAUAAAUAAAUAAAACAUUAAAAAAUGGCCUUCAGUUGUUGACGGAGUGCGCUCUGCCCAAGUUAAACAACCCCCCAAGUUUAAAAUUGGAAGGGAGGGGUGACCAUGCAGUGACUCAACCCAUUUUGUACCUCUAUCAUGUCAAUUUACACCCGUGGUGACAACGCAAAGUAUAGAUUGAUUUCGUGAUUAUGACCGGGCAAAGUCAGUUUCACCUUUUCCCGUGGAGUGAGUUUCUUGGAAAUAAUGUUGUCAAUGAAUAGAUAAUCUUGCUUAAAUGUAGCGUUCUUCAUUAAACUUUCUUCUUUUCGUCUCCACACGUAAAAUACAGAUACAAAAAAGCGGACUUCAUUCAUUUGCUAUUAUUACGGAACUAUUAGUUUGUCACUUGAUCAGAAUAUUGUACCCAGUGUCAAUAUUUAACCACCUUUGCAUUUGAUUUAAUCUGAUAAUAAACUGACCAAAGUGGCGGACAUUGUCGGGGAAUGAUAAAGGA